GGCGACUCUGGAGGAUGCAGGACGAAGAGGGUUACACGGUAUUGAAUCUCCGGCCCAAGAUGGGAACCGCCAGCCGCCCGUCUGCGACGGGGAUCCAAGGUUCUCCUGCGAAGCUGCGUGGGUAUAAAAUCACCAUCGGCGUUUUGGGGGCCUGGAGCGUUGUGGCGACGCUGGCUGUGAUCGCGCUGAGCAUUCUGGGUUCAUCUCAGGAAGGACUGACAGGAGCAGCGCCGAAUGCCACCGCGAGCUGUGGUGCCCAGCGGGGAGAGAGAAACGGGGCAGAGUGCAGCGCCCAUCUGACCCACCUAGUGGCACGCCUGAGCCAGGCUCUGUGUGCUCCCAUCAACAGCAGCUCCCGGGAGGGCACUGGCUGCAAAAUCUGUCCCCCGGACUGGCUGCCACAUGGUGCCAAAUGCUACUGGUUUUCUACAGAGAGUAAAAUCUGGGCCGGGAGCCGUGCGGACUGCUCAGCGAGGAGCGCUGGCAUGGUGGUGAUCCAGGAGCAGGAUGAGAUGGAGUUCCUGGGGAGCAGCAUUCAAGAGAAGUACCUCGUCUGGACUGGCCUCAGUGCCAACGGGACCUGGAGGAAAUGGACCUGGGUGGAUGGAUCCUUGUUAAAUCAGACGCUGUUCCCCGUGAAAGGAGCUGCCGAAGAGAACAGCUGUGGGGUGAUCAAAGGGAGUCAGAUCCAGUCGGAAACCUGCAGCGGUGAAUACAGAUGGAUUUGCCAGAAGGACGCCAUCCAAAUAGACAGAGGAAUAAGCGAUCUGUAGAGCCCUGCUAAUCUGCAGAGAUCCGCUUUAUAUGCAUGCACUAUUUUUGCAGAUCGGAUGCGGAUACAAAUUCUGUAUCUGUGCAGGGCUGUGGCAAUCUGCACUUGCAGAGCCGAGAGGUAAUAACGCCUAGCUCUAAUGUGCAGUGCUGAGAUUUUUAAAGGGGCCUGUAUUUUAUUUUCUAUUAAGUGCUCAGCUGGAACAUAGGAUCCCAAACCUGCAAAGACUGACGCAUGCGCUUCACUUUAAUCACCUAU